AUGGCGACUCUGUUUUCGUAUUUUACUCCAAAAUCGAAGAAGCCCUCGUCUCCUGUUUGCGGUGAUACUGCAGAUAAAAAGAAGAAUAAUUCGCCAAAGGAAGGCGCGCAGGGGUUUUCGCCAAUAAACGAUAAGAAAUCGACGUCGCCAAACACGCCGAAAGCUUCGAGGACGCAGAAAGAUUUGAGCGGGGAAUCUGGCUUGGUGAAGAUUGAACAAUGUGGAAUUGUAUGGGCGAAACUCGAAGGACACCCCUGGUGGCCAAGUUUGAUCUGUGAUCAUCCUACGCAGAGAGUUUACGAACGAGGAGAUAAGUGCCAUGUUCAGUUUUUUGGAGACCCUCCGAGUCGAGCUUGGGUAAAGCGAAGGUAAAAUAUUUACACGCUCCCUGAUCUUUCGAAAGUUCGAUUCGGUUAGUUAUAUCAUGCGAUCAUUGCGUUACAAUUUACGUUCAACAGUGCUUUUGUUAAGAAAAGUUUGAAUCGGAUAUUAAUUUCGAAUUAUUGAUUGUUUUUCUUGUUAGUUGUCUGAAAGAUUGUAAGCUUAGCGAUCAUCUACAUUGUCUCUUCUGUCUUGUAACUUCAGCUAAACAAUGGCCUUUGUUUACCCAAAACUUCUGCACAUUGUUAGGCUUUGAAAAGAACAACGCGGGUUUCCAAAGCUAGAUGUGAUCCUAAAAUAAGUUUUCUUUCAUUUUUCAAAUGUUGAUGGAAUGAUUGUAAAGAAUUACGUUUCUAUGCAAACCAAAUCGUAAGAAAUUUAAAAUGCUUUGAUUUAAGGUUCUAAAGGGUGGAAAAAAUUAAAUGUUGUGUCAUCUGGGAAGUGUCGGAUGAGUUUCCAGUCAAUUUAACAUUGAAUUCUUGAUCAAGGAUUAGAAAACAGACAAUGCCAAUCAUUCUAAGCAACGUGAGGCAGACUGUGGCUUUUCCCUACAUCUAGGCAGUCUGGAAAGCCGUGAAACUCAGACAAAAAUUUAUAUUUCAAUUUGGUACUCUUAAUCCCCAGGGUAUCAGGGGAUGGUUUUCUUUCCACUAAUUUAUCCUUGUGUUUGUAAUGUUACAAUAUUCCCACCAAUAGUGUAGCUCCAUCUUUCUGUGUAUAAACCACACACAACCCACAAUUCCUCCAUAUGCUCUGACAAAGGGCUAAUGCUCGAAAUUUCAGCUUUAGAAACUGUGCAUGGGCCAAUUUAUAACAUAAACUUAGUUGAUAAAACCAGAUUAUCAGACAAUCUCAGAAACAACGUACCAACUGGAUACUGGGAUUCCAACUAUUGGUAUACAAUACAAGUGCACUUUUUUUUUUUAAUAAGAAUGUCUUGGAAAACAUUUUUAAUAUGUAUAAUUUGAAAGUUGUGUUUUAUCCGAUUUCAAUAAAUCAAUCUAAAAAAUGUCCUUAAGUAUUUGAGUUAAUUUUCCUGUUAAACCACAGUUUUAUAUUUCUGUUGCGUUUAUUAAUACUUCUUACAAAAAAAAAAAAAAUGGGCAAAAUGAGGCUGUUUGUAACUGACUUGCUGCCUGGGAUGUUCUUAAAAAUUUUGGUUAAUCUCUGUUAAUCUUUUUUUUUAUUAAAAAAACCAGUGUGUGUUGAUAAAUUAUAGAGCUACUGAUUGUUAGAUGAUCUUUUAUAAACUCUUUCAUUUCUGCCAGGCAUAUGAAACAAUUUUCAAAAGAUCAAAACAAUCGUGUAACAGAUCCCAACAUAAAGAAUGCAGUGCAGCAAGCUGAGGAUGCCUUGUCUCUCACACUGGAACAGCGAAAGGAACUUGUCAACUGUUUACCUUCUGAUGAGGAAGAGAAUGGAAAAGACCCUUGUGAUGAAACAAUGUUAACAGAUGAUGAGAGCCCCAAGAAAGAAUCAAGCGGACAGAAGAGGAAGAACAGUGGAGGAAGUUCCAGAAAUGAUGCUAGUGACGAGAAAGAUGAUGAUGAUGAGGUUACAGGAAGGAAGGUAAAAGAAUGGUAACCUAAAUUUUUGUUGCGGAGUUCUGAGGUCGUUUCUCUUGGGAUCAACUAUUUCAAUUGGAAACAGCUGUGGUUUUUACACUUUGAUCCUUAAGAGCAUUUAAUUUCUCCUUACAAUAACACCCCUGAUCCUUAAGGGCAUUUAAUUUCUCCUUGCAAUAACACCCCUGAAUCAUACAUUAAGGUCAUGAGAAUAAAGAAAAUGAUCACCAAGUAAAAAGCUCUUGAUUGUUCAACAAAUUUUCCUUGUCAGUACCUUAGUAAAUGUAAACAGUAUGGAGAAUGUGUUUGCUGAUGUUAGGGUGUAGAGGUUUAACCAAUUUCUCUAGAGAUUUUUGUUGUGGUUUAAAUUGAAAACAGAUUGGAAUCACACAAGUUUAAAAUUUACCUUAACCUUUUAACUCCCAGAUCAAAUUUGUAAUUCUCCUUACUGUCAUGUCACAAUUCUUACAAUAUUAGUUCAGAGAAUUUAGUGUUGAAUCAACUAAUAAUCCCCAAAUUGAUAGUUUUCUUUAUUCUCAUCACUUGUCUGCAUGAUAUUGUAUUGACAUUGUAAGGAGAAAUUCUGUCUUGGUCACUUAUGGGAGUUAAAAGGUUAAAAAAUAUCAAAGUUCAAAAGAAAAUAAUGAGUGAUGGUAAUUGUUUCUCUGCAUAUUUCUGCUCCUUAACAUUUGUACACAGUACAACAGCAAACGGCCCCGAAGGAAAGCUGCCACAAAGAAUAAAAAAGUAAAGAAAAGACGUAUUAUAGAGUCGGGUUCAGAAGACUCAGCAGGUAUGUGGUGAUGUGUGUUACAUGAGGCAGUAGUCAAGGGGACAAGGGGAGUGUGAAAUAUAGAAAAGGAUCACAGAAGUGAUUAACAUGAAACUUCUCCCUAUAAUAUCCAUACAUUAUUUAGCAAAUAGGUAAUGAGAAUAUCCAAACUUAUCAAGUAGAAACUGCUAUCUUGAUCUAGCACCAAGUUCUCAUAACUAAUUUACAAGAAAAUGUGUAGCAGCUGGAGGGGAGAAUUAACAAUCAGGCGCGGGUUGUUCAAAGGUCACAUAACACUAUCCACUGGAUAAGUCUCUAUUCGCUGGAUAACACCAUAUGUUUUGCUAUCUCUUAUCUGCUAGAUAACGAUUUAUCAGUUGGAUAGCAUUAUCCGCCCUUUAUACAACUGGACCCAGAUCUUGGGAGUUAAAAGAUUAAAUCAUAAUGCUUACUGUAAGGAGGGGCUCUGAAUAGAACUAUUCCCUCUGAUGAAGGGCUGAUGCUUGAAAUGUCAGCUUUUAAAAACCCAAGUACUUUUUGCAAAGGGUAGGGAACAUAGCUCCCGGCAUUGACAUGUCCUUGUUUCCAAAAAUUCCUAAAUUGGGGGCCCUGCAGGAUUUCCUUUCAAAAAUUGUAAACUGCUUGAUGCAGUAAGACCAAAGUCCCCUGCAAAGUGUUGCAAAGCAGAUUAGAGCAUACUUAUAUAGAGGAUGGACCGUAUAAUUGUAUCAUUAUUAAUAAUGUCUGAAAAAUUGAAGCCAGGCAGUUGUGGCUAAAGGUCAGCGCUGCUCUCCUUUGAGCGUUAGAGAUCGGUCGUGGCAUAGGGAAAGUUUUAACUUAAUACCUACUAUAAAUGAACUGUGGCAUGAUUUACAUGUAUCACUUUCUGAACAUUGUCACAGAUGAUUACAAGCCUGAUGAAGAUGGUGAUGAUGAUGAUGAUGAGAGCUGUAGUAGCGGAGUUGAUGAAAAUGAGUUGGAGGAGGACAGUCAUUCUGAGGAGGACAUUGACGAUAUUGUAGAAACGGUAUUGAAUGUUUGAUUUUGACAUCUUCCAGUAAAAGAUUAAUCUGACAAAUAACAGUAAUUAGCCAGCAGUGUGAAGGCAAAUGCUUGUUUGAUUUUAAGACGAAAUAGCUUUAGAUUACUUUUUGUUCAGUGUAAAUAACCAUUUCACUCCUAAGAUCUCAUUAAAAUUCUCCUUACUGUCUCUCAUACAAUUCUUAUGAUGUUAGUUCAAAGAAUUUGGUGAUGGAUUAACCAAUAACCUCCUAAUCAAAAUUUUUCCUUAUCUCAUCACUUGUCCACUUGAAAUUGUACUGAUAUUGUAAGGAGAAGUUCUAUCUUGGUCACUCAUGGGAGUCAAAGGAUUAAAAAUAAAAUAUUUAAUUAGAGACUUGGAAAAAUAAAAAUAUUUAAUUAGGAACUGAGUCAAUCUUGGAAAAUAUAAUUGAAAUAGUCUUCAGGGCAUGAAAUUAAUUUUUUUCUGAAGCCACUGUCCUAAAUUUUUCAAAGUGGUAGCCACGCUGUAAGCAUUCUAGAUAGACCCUCCAAAAUUAAUUUUAGGAAAAAGAUCUUUUCGUGCUACAAAUUGGACACUAGGAUGUCCAAUUUAAUUCAUUUAUCUCUAAGUAAGGUUAUGAUGAAGCAUUCUAUUAAAUAGCAAGAAUGAUCCCUUUACAAUGUAUUUUUGAAACAUCAGAAGUAGUUGAAUUUUUCCCUUGAAAAAUUUAGUGAUGAAAGUGAUCUUCUACACAAUGCAUUAAAUCAGAGUGUUUUUUCCUUAAGUGAUGAAAGUGACCUUCUACACAAUUUUUAAUGGCAAAGUCAGACACAGGAUUCAAACUGGUUGAUGGUUGGUUAUGUUUGACAAAUUCAUAUGAAGUCUUCUUUUUGUUUUUCUGGUCAUGUUUUUGGCAAGAAAACAUACCAUCCCUCUUGCACACAAAUUUUAAAUAGUAUAGAACUGUUUUAUGGGUGAUAGGGUAUGUUUUGUUUGUCAUUUGGAACAUUAAAACCUGGCUGUAGUUCGUGGAAUAUGGAAGCCAUAGAAAAAAAAUGCCUCUAUUCAGUGGGUCUUGUGCAAAUGAAGCUUUGUGUCCAUUGUUUUCUACAUCUCAAUUAUUCUACAUUUGAAUUGAAUUUUUUCUUGGAAAAGUUCUGCAAACUCCCCAAAACUUGUUUCUCAAUUUGAGAAAAUUGAUGUUGAAUUAUGAGAAUUGAAACUUGAAACUUAAGUGUUGAGUCUCAAUUCUCAAUUAUUAACACUUUCAAGAAUCCAGGAUUGACUUAAAGCUGAGGCUGUCACCUUACCAGUACACUUGAGGGGUACUGUGGGUCAACUUGUAAACACUCUAUUUUACAAAUUUCUCGUGUUGACACAUUUCCUUUAUCUCAUUACACAUAUGACCAACAGCCAUCUCGUAAACGUAAGAGAGGCAGUACCUCUACUCCACAUCAGAAGAAAACAAAGAACAGUACACCAUCAACUCCCUGUACCCCUGCUGUCAGCAAGCAAGCUCUACUGAGUACUCCAUCACCUUCAGUCCUGGCAGGAUCUUUAGCAAAAAAGAUGUCAAGUUCUGCCAGUAAAGCAGCAGUUUCACUUGCAAGAUUUCAGAUGAAUUCGUCCCCAGUUCCAAAGGCAAGUGCAGCUGAUGGCGAGGGAGUGGGAACAUAUACACAUGAGAGACUGGAAUGGUUAAAGGAAGACAAGAGAAAGUGAGUUUAUUAACCCUUUAAAUCCUAGUAUUGACCAAGAUACAAUUUCUCCUUACGAUAUCAAUGCAAUAUCAAACAGACAUGUGAUGAGAUUAAAGAAAAAUAUCAACUAGGGGAUUAUUAGUUGAUCUAAUACCAAAUUCUCUGAACUAACUUCAUAAGAAUUGUAUGGCAGACAGUAAAGAGAAUUACUAAUGAGAUCUUGAAAGGGAAACACUGGUUUUAAAAAUGAAGAAUGAAAAAUUUUGGAGGGAUUGCGGAACGUUUUUCCACACAAAGACAUUCACAAUAACAGCAUUCUUUUACCGGUAAUAAUUCCAAGAUUUUUAAGUAAUAUUUUACACAUGUAUGUGCUUCACAGAGAUAAGCAGGGAAGGCCAAUGAUACAUCCAGAAUAUGACCCAAGGACACUGCUGGUAAGUAUAAAGGGUGUGAUAAAUAUUAAUUCAUCAAUUAUUAAUUUGUAAAGCCCAUAUCAAUAACUAAAAAAAGAAAGAAAUGAAAGCAAAUUUGUUUUCAUCAUUGGAAAAAAAGUUUUUUUUUUAAGAGGUUUAUGAAGGGUCUUUAAUGUAUGAAAAAUUACGCAAAGUUGCAAACUAGUAAUAUUCCAGCUCUGGAAAAGUAGAAAAAUAAAGUAAUAAAAUUUAUAUUCUUGAAAAUCUAGAUUUUCUCUUGGUUGUAACAAGAGCCUUACUGCUUAUCAAGUGAAAUCUUAAUGAUUUAGCUGAAUUCACAACAUACAUACUCUUUUUUUAUAACAUUUCAAUCAGAGAAUUUUCAUCCUUCAUCAAGCCCCUAAUAAUUGUUCCAUUUUCCAAAAAUCCACAGGUUCCCUCAUCCUUUCUCAGCUCCAAAGAUGUUACACCAGUAAGUAAUCUGAUUCUGUGAUUCUAUGAACUUAACGCUUUGACAGCUUCCUAUCUUAUAUAUUAAUCAAAACACAGCCAUAAUUCAUACUACAAUCAACGAAAAAAGGAUAUAUAGACACAUGACCACUAAAGAUUCAAUAUUCUAGAAUACAUUAUAACAGUUCUGUCCCUUGUACAACUAAUCUCACCCACCCCUCCCCCCUCUAUGUCUCACUUUUUCCUUUUGUGAUUGUACAACUUUGAAUGGGGGGAAGGGAGGGUUUUUGUGAACUGCACUUCAAUUUAAACCUCAUUUUGCAAUACUUCCUUUAAAAGUGGCCACACAGAUGUUGUGUCAGCUAAUUUUCUCAGUGAUUGUAGGCUAGCACCAAUUUCAACCUUUGGUACACAAAAAUCACUUUAACUUUUUCAUUUCCUUCUAAGGCUAUGAAGCAAUGGUGGCAGCUGAAGAGUGACAACUUUGACACCAUCCUUUUCUUUAAGGUAAAUUAAAACUGUACAUCAAAUAAUGUAUUCAAGUCAUGGAUUAACAACCAAUUUUCUGCAAUAGCAGGGUUCUAAAAAUUCAGGGCAGUGUGUGAUAUUGCCAACCACUGUGCUGUGGUAGAAGACAUUUAAAGACCUGGGUCCAAGCAUUUUAUUGAGUCACUCUGUUGUGUUCUUGGACAAGACCUUUCACUUCCACAGUUCCUCUCUCCAUCCUGAAGUAUAACUUAGUACAAGCAACAGCACUAACUGGUGUCUUAAAAUAAAUUAUGUAUGAUUCGUUGUGUUUACAUACACUUUAUUGCACCGCUGACAAUAUACCUAGGGUGUAGUUUCCCACACCAAAUGCAUAGUUUGAGUGUUACUUAUAUGAUUUUUUUGCCAUUUUUUUUACCAAGUUAGUUUUAGCAAAGGAUUUUAGGCUGUGUAAGAAGCAAUAACUUUGAAUCGUCGCCAGAUAGACCCUCAGUUGUUAUUCAUUUUUAUUAUCCUGUACAAGAAUACAAAGAAUCAGAUGCAUAGAAGUUGUUGUGUCUUAUUUAUUCUGCCAAGCAUAGCUGGCCCCUACAAAUUAACUUUAAAUAAAUUUUGCUCCUCCUUACAAAUCAACGUUCAGAUUACUUCUGAAGUGCAAAUGAAUUAAAGAUCCUGAGUUACUUAAAAUUUUGAAUAUUUUUCUUGACAGUGUUCUUUUCCUUCCAGGUUGGCAAAUUCUAUGAAUUGUACAACAUGGAUGCCACAGUCGGUGUGAAAGAACUUGGAUUAAUCUAUAUGAAGGUAUUUACAAAUCACAAAUAAUCAGACUUUGACAGGGAAGCUUUCUUCACAUAGGGAUUGCAGGUUACAGGUUGUCUCUUGUGCAAGAAACACUUUAACUCUCAUGGGUGACCAAGACAGAAUUUCUCCUUACAAUCUCAAUACAAUGUCAAGCAUGCAAGUGAUGAGAAUAAGGAAAAAUAUCAAUUAUGUGAUUAUCAAUCGAUCUUACACCAAAUUCUCUGAACUAACUAUAUAUGAUCUGUAUAGCAGACAGUAAGGAGAAUUACUUAUCAGAUCUUAAGAGUGAAAGGGUUAACUCGAUUUUCUCAAAGCUGAAAUUGUAAGAAUUAUAUGGCAUUUAGCAUGGAUAGUUGGUUUCUAGAUCUUGGAAGUGAAAGAUUCAAAGCUGCAUCAGUUGUUCACAACAAGUUGUUGGAUAAAUUUGUUUGAGUUUUUGGUUUCUCUUACAGGGUAAUUUUGCACAUGCUGGUUUUCCUGAAAUUGCCUUUGGACGAUACUCUGACACGCUGAUUCAGAAAGGCUAUAAGUGAGUUACUCAUAAUUUUACAGAAUCUAUCCUUGGCACAAACAUUAAACAAUGUAAUCAGAGGUGUCUAUGAUUCCUGUGGAUGGGCAGCUAGUCUCCACAGGUUCCAAGAAACUAGAAGAAUAUCAAUUAUUUAAUAAGCUUAAAUAUGAUUGGCUCUUUCUUAUCAUCUAUUGGAGGGCAGAUGUGUAACUGAUGUCACUAUCAAAACUCUUUUGCUUACUUAUCAUGUAAAACAACAAAUUGAUCCCACAUUGCUGUGGGUCUGUACAGUAGUAGAUCACAGAGGGCAUCAAAAUGUGGUAAGCACAUCAGUGACACACUCAGCUGUGUCCUAUGGGCCACAUUUUUUGUUCUUACCAUAUUUUGUGUAGGGGCCAGCUACACUUGGCAAAAUAAAUACGACACAACAACUUCUAUGCAUCCAGAUUCCUUGUAUUCUUGUACAGGAUAAUCACAAUGAAUGACAAAGAGGAUCUAUCUGGCGACGAUUUGAAGUUAUUGCUUCUUACACAGCCUUAAAUCCUUUGCUAAAACUAACUUGGCAAAAAUAGCAACAAAAAAAAACUGUAGGCAACACUCAAGCAAUACACAUGGUGUGGGAAACUAUGCCCAAGGUAUAUUGUCAGCUGCACUAUAAACAUAAAUAAAUAUAUGUAAAUGCAAUGAAUCAUACAUUUUGACUUCAUCUGUGAUAUAUUACUGAACAGACACAUACAACAUAAUAUCUAUUUGUUCAACUGAUAUUAACCCUUUAAAGCCUAAGAGUGACCAGCAUCUAAUUUCCCCCUACAAUAUCUUUCCUGAAUUAUGCAUUAAGGUCAUGAGAAUAAAGAAAAUGGUCACCAGGGAAGAAACCUUUUGAUUAGCAAACAAAUUCUCCUUGUCAGCACCUUAAGAAAGGUGUAAAGAGCAGUGUGGAGAAUAUGCAUACUGAUGUUAGGGUGUGAAGGGUUAAUUUUGCUUAUUUUUUUAUUGUAGAGUGGCACGAGUAGAGCAAACAGAAACUCCAGAAAUGAUGAAGGAAAGAUGCAAGAGAAGUAUGUCUGUUUCUUGAUUUUUUACUCAACUCUUUAACUCCCAAGAUCUGAUUGUUAAUUCUCCCCACUAGCUAUUACACAUUCCCUUUCAAAUUAGUUACAAGAAUUUGGUGUUAGAUCAAGACGUCAACCUCUAAGUGAUAAGUUUGAAUAUUCUCAUCACCUGUUUGCUGUAUAGUGUAUGGAUAUUAUAGGGAGAAGUUACGUGUCAAUCACCUUUGGGCUUUUCUCUCAUUCUCAUCCAUUCAGUGUACUAUCUUAAAAUCCAACUUUUGAAUUUUAUUUACAGCUCACUCAAAUUUAAAGAGUGAUCAAGUGGUGAAAAGGGAAAUAUGCGCUGUAAUCACAAAAGGUAUUUACUGGCAAAUUAAAUAUUUCCUCAAGAUCUGAUUGCUCACCCUUCCCUCCAACUGCUACUCACUUCCUUGUAAAGUACUUAUGAGAAUUUGACACAGAUCAAUGUCACAACUUUUAGCUGUACCUGAUCAGUUUGAGAAUUCCCAUUACUUGUUUGCUGGAUUAUUUACAGAUAUUAUAGGGAGAAGUUUUAUUUUGAGAUCACUUGUGGAAGUCAAGAGUUAAUUGGUUCCUGCUCUAGACACAUUUAAGAAUAACUGAUAUGUCAUGUUCACCUCUGCAGGAACAAAGACAUACAGUUUUGUGGAUGGGGAUUGUACAGAAAGUAGUGCUGCCUAUCUUUUAGCUAUUUCUGAAAAGGUAAAGAUAAAACUUAAAAAAGAGUGUAAAUGCUGGAUCUCCUUUGAUAAAAAAUUUAUCAAAAGUCAUAUGACCCCCACUUGCAGUCCUAUAGAAAACCACAGUGAAACCUGACAUUUGUGGUGCUGAACAGUUUGAUGUGAGCCAGUCUAGCCUUUAGAUCACACUGUUCUUUUUUGUUUUCCAAGAACGUGGAUCGAAAUUGUGGACUGUAACUCGAAAUAGAACAAAUAAGAAUAUGAGGCACACUUCUGAAAAAAUUGUGUGUUUCUUGUUUUGUCUAGAAGCCAAAAAGGAAAAGUUUUUAUUGUAGAAAAUUUGUAGAAAUUGUCUAGUGUACGCUAUACAUAUACAUCCUAUUUAAAUUGAAACAAAGUGCUCAAAUUCUCCAGCACAUACAGUGCAGUAGUCAUAAUUAUGAUAAAAUGCCUAUUGACUAAGUUUGGUCUGGCCAAACAUGAAUGUGUUUGGCUCUUGUUCAUGACACGUGGACCUCACAGUGGUCAGUCUAAAUAUCUGGCCCUCUCACUUAGUCAAUAAGUACAUUAUAUAUAUUUUUAAAUAUUUUAGGGUUCUGAUGAUGUUUCUGGUGGGGAAAGUGUCUAUGGUGUUUGCUUUGUGGACACAUCCAUUGGAAAGUUUCAUGUGAGUAAACAUGUCCUUCACCAGCUAAUAAACCACGCUGUAAUUGUCCAGAAGCUAUGUGUAAGAUUUAUCCGUUAUAAAUACAUGAAACUAGAAUCCUCUGUGUGAGUUUUUUCCAGAUGGCUUUGACUAAUACAUUCCCCCUUUUUUUGUCUUUUAGAUUGGACAGUUCAAAGAUGAUCGUCAGUCUUCUCGACUGCGAACUCUGGUGGCCCAUUUUACUCCUGUCCAGGUGUGUAAUUUGCUUAAUUGUAAGCGCAGUUAGGAGUUCUAUCGCCAUUGCAACCUGCAAGUUAGUGAUAAGUGCAAUUCACUGACUUAUUUUGCACAUAGAAGGUAAAACAUAUGACUGCUUUUCCUUCUCCUACUUUUUUGCUAAAAAAGAUUGGUCAUGGGGUCGUCUUUUGGUACUUCAAAAUCAUGAGAAUUUCAGUGAGGAAUUUCUUUUGCUCAAAGGUUCUGUGUCCCCGUGGAGGUUUAACAUUGAAAACCCAACAAGUUCUCAACCAUGAAUUGAUGUCUGCUAUGAAGGAAUACUUAACACAAGGUAGGAAAAACUUUUGAAAACUAUUGAAAAAACUAUUAGAUAAAAUGGAAAAUAUGAGGAAAAGGAGUAGUGGAAGGAAGGCUGUGGGGUACUGUAGCUGUCCCCACAUGAUGGGAUGAUACUGACGAGUGUGGAGGCGACUGACGACGAUGAAUGAUCUCCCUUACCUGUUAUUUCAUCGACACUCCACUCUGGCUUCUCUUAAAAACCUUCCCCACCCCCCCCCCCCAAUUUUCUAUUUUCUUUUUCUGCCACCAAAUUUUCUCAGUGUUUCUUCAGACAAGAUCGGGGGGGGGGGGUGUGUGUGCUGUUUAAAGAAUUUUUGUUGGGGAUGAGAGGGACGCUCCAUCGUAGGUUCUCCAUCUUUUCCCAUGAUUCAAAUGUAGUUUUGUGAUGGCAAGUCUUCUUGAAAUGCAAACCAAACCAAAUAUUUUGAAUGACAGCAUGAUAAUGAUGUUCAUGAUUUGAUAGGAUCACAGUUUUGGGAAGCAGGCAAGACACUGAAGGUUCUUGCAGAGGAACAGUAUUUCAAUAAUGACGAGAAUAACACUGAAAAUCCAGUGAAGGUUGGUUAGUGAUAUAGUAAUUAAUUUAUUGUGCUCAAAGCUAUGUAACAUUCCUUCAGAUUGUAAUGUCAUUUAUUUGCAAAAUUGGUCAGGAAUUCUAUUUGAGAUUCUCAAGAAAAGAUCUCUAAACAAGUGUACUUUAUAUCCAGUUUAAGAGUGUGGCCUGGCUCUCAUAAAGCUUAGUACGGUAAUGUGACAUCUCUUUGGGUUUCAGAGUUGGCCAGAUGUUUUAAAGAAGUUGACUGAUGGAGGUAAGACUGAUCACUGAAAGAAUGUUCCUUUCGCGCACACGAAGUCUUAUGGCGUUCUCUAACGUACGGUUCGUUCAUAGCAAAAAAGGGGGUGUAUAUUCCCGCGUUUUUUCAAGCAGAAGCAACAGGCAAUUGUUUAGAGUUAUAGUCUAGAUAACAGAGGUCCUGAAAUUUUCUGUUGUUAGUAAUUGGAAGUAAUGUUUUCGAUAUCAUUCUCUGAUAUUAAUCAGAGCAGGAUCACUCACUCUCUUCUACAACAGACAUUCGCUCUGACGAAGGGCUAACGCUUUAAACGUUAGCUUUGAAACUCUGUACGGUGGCCGAUUUACGUUUUCAACUUUGUUGAUAAUAGCAAAUUACCCUGGUAUACUCUCCCACCGAGGCAGCACCAAAAUUUCUUGAGAAACUUAGCCCCUCUAUUCAUUAGACUUUGGAAGACUUAUUUUACGUGGAUAGUCACACGACAUGAUACAUGCUGAUGUAAGAAUUUUUGUUUUGUUUGCCGCAGAUCCUCUGGGUUUAAUGCCCGGUGAAGGCAGUGAAUUGGCUUUGAGUGCUCUUGGUGCUGUGAUUUGGUGAGCUGAAUGAUACACAAAAAGAAUUAAAACUCUUGGUGUUCUUUUCAGAUAUCAAUUUUCCUUCUGGAAUAUUAAUCUUCAUUUUAUUUUGCUGUUGCAAUAAUGAAGGUACCUGAAGAAAUGCCUGAUAGAUGGAGAAGUCUUAUCAAUGGGGAAUUUUGAGGUAUUCAUCUUUAAGCGCAUUUCGCUCCAAACCGAAGUAAUCACAACGACAUUGGAAGAAAGUAAAAUACCCUGAAGAGCAAAAAGCGCGGGAAAACGCGGGCGACCAAGUCGUGAUUGGUGUUAGGUUUGCAUCGGAUUGGUCGAGAGAGUGGCGCGAGUUUUCUGGACCAAUCACAGAGCAAAGUAAAGCAAAACCGAUGGAAUCUAGAAUUCAAUGUUCAAUUGAAAAUUGCUCUGACAUAGUUGUCCAGUUGUGUUUUACUACAAACUGAAAGCAUUUCAUUUGUACUUGGCUCUCUUAGGAAUACCUGCCGCUGGACAAUUCUCCUGCCUGUGGACAGAACUCAAGUUUUGUGAAAGGGAGGCAACACAUGGUAUGCAUAACUUCUAGAAUGAAAAAGCUGUCGCAAUCGUGUUCCUGUGCAUAAGGUACCAGUUUCUCUCGGAACUAGCGUGUUUACGCCGUUCCGAACAAGGUCAAACCUCGGCUUUAGAAGCUAAUUUGCCUCUGCUUUUGGGACUUAAUGUAUGUCCUCACUGACUUAUUACGCUUAUGUUGCAAGUCCUAAGUUUAUGGAAGGUUCAACGGAGGACAUUGUAAUUCAGAGUCGUUGCGUGAAACUUAAGCCGUUACGACACUGAACAGUUCAAUUUAGCCGAGUGUCAUAGUCUCAUGGAAAAAUUCUGUACGUCAGUUACAUAGAAUUUAGAGCGAUUUUUGAUUGAGUGGCAUAAGAAACACUACCAACGAAAUCACAUCAGCCAAUCAGAUCAAAGGGAAAUGUUUCAAUGAGCCAAUGAGAGUUGGUUGAAGUUUUAAAUCUGAUUGGUUUACAAUUUACGCGGAUUUUGUGGACCAAUCACGGAACAAACUAAAUUAAAACCAUGGCAACCCCAGCGCUUGUGUGUUAGCAAGCUUCCUUUGUGAGAAAUUUCACAAACAUGUACCGUAAAGGUUUUCUGUGUUAUUCACAGAUCCUGGAUAACAUCACUCUAACAAACCUAGACGUUAUUCCAUCUGGGCCUGAUUCUUCACUCGAGGGAACCUUGCUGGAAAGACUGGAUCACUGUUGUACCCCUUUUGGUGAGCACAGAAAAACAUUGAUCUUGAAUUUUAAUACGCUUCUGAUUUUCCAGAGGAUUAAAAAAAACAUAUAUGUUUUCACUUUUUACAAUAAAAUUACACUGGAACUUUCUUUAUUGUCAUAACAGCACUCCGAAUAUUUGUCUUAAUACCCUCUUUUCCUCUGCAAUAUCUGUGAGUAUAGCUCUCUUCUUCUCGAGUAGCUGUUGGUAACUUAACCCAUUAACUCCCAUAAAUGACUGAAUACUAAAUACCAAAUUCUCCGAACCAACAUCAUAAGAUUUUUAUGGCAGACAGUAGGGAGAAUUACUAAUGAGAUCUUGGGAGAAAAAGGGUUCACUGACCUUAGCCAUUAUCUACUAGCUUUCAGGCACUAUACUUUUACCUAAUUUCAGAGAGUGAUAAGAGGCCCAUACCUGAGUGAAUACGAUAUUUUAAUUCAGAACUUAGCUUUGGAGAUUUCCUCUGACACAUUUUUGUUCUCUCCACAGGUAAACGUUUAUUCAAGCAAUGGCUUUGUGCACCUCUAUGCAACCCGGCUUCCAUCAAUGACAGGUCUGGUGUUGCCUCUUCCAGGCUCUCUUUCUCAGAGGAGAAAAGCUUAAUAGCAGGCGGGCAAAAAAGUAUCUUUUCCGUUUGCUCUGACAACCACUAAGUGUUGCACGCCGGCGAUCCGCUCGUCUCCACCGACCGAGAGAGCCUGUAACAUACUCGUCUGUUCAGCCUGUUCAGUCGGUUAUAUUCUCUUUCAGCGAAAAGUGGCGGUGUGGGGUUAUGGGGAGACAAGUCAGAGAGUCAGAUAAAGAAUUUUAUAAAAUCUGCGAACGGGAUUUUUGAGCACGAUGUUCGAUGAAUUUGUUUGAAAAUUCUUAAAGGCAUUUGAUGAAUCUCUUAGAAAAAUAUUUCUCUUAGAGUUAGGCAACAUGAAGAAAAUAAAUCGCGUCUCAUGCUGUUUAGUACGAAAGAUUUGUAACAGUAGCAACGGGUUAUUGGUAAGAACAAUAAUCCCGAAGAUUCUAAUACAAUUUGUUUUCCAUUUCACAGACUCAAUUCUGUAGAAGAUUUGAUGGCUAACCCAAGUUUAAUGGCGGAAACAAAAGAUGUAUUAAAGGCCCUGCCAGAUCUGGAAAGACUCUUAAAAAAGUAUGAAACUUAAUGACAUGUCUUUCAAACAAUGUAUAGAACUGUUUUGUAAACAAAGAUAUUUUUCUUUCCUUCCCUAUGUAGAAUACACGCGUUGAGUUUGCCUCGAGACAAGAAUCACCCAGCCAAUAGAGCAAUUCUCUAUAAUGAAGACACUUACAGGUGCUGGUUAAAGAUUUAUUUAUGUAUUUAUUUAAGCGCUUUUCGAAAGAAAAUUCCGUGAAGAGCCAAUCAGAACUCAAAGUAAAAAAAACUGCCUGGAGCGCGGGAAAACGCGGGUGACCAAUUCGUGAUUAAUUUUAGUUUUGCAUCCGAUUGGUUGAAGAGAUUGGCUCAAGUUUUCUGAACCAAUCAUGGAGCGAGGUUAAGCAAUAACAACGCAAACACAAAGCAAUCAAGGAUUAUUAUCAACACUAAAUUGGCGAGUGUGAUUAUUUUUCUCUCCUCUGCAUGCCAGUUCGCCUUCUAAACCACGCUUUUUGACUAAAAAUACGACUGUUUUUAAACAUGUUGUUGAGAUCAGAAAGCUUACUUGACUUAAAUGUAAAAUAAUGGAAUUAGCUCGCCAAUUAUGAAAUAAGUCUAUUGCUUAAUCUUUUUAAUUUUUCUGUCGUCUGCAGUAAGCGAAAAAUAAAUGAUUUUCUCACGAUCUUGGAGGGUUUUGAUAAGGCGACAGAGAUUACAACCAUGUUCAAAGACCAUGCUAGUUCUUUCAGGUAAAUGGUUUCUACUUGUGUACAUAUCCAUUCAUUCAUUAUUUAUUUAUUCAUUUAUUUAUUUCCACACUUGCACUUUUACGAAGCACGUUCAAAGAGUUCCAUAUUAAAUGAAUUUUGGUUUGCAGGUGCUUUGAGCUGUUCUUUCUUUAAGGUGUUUUUGUGAAAAUCUGCUGCAGGAAUGAUAUAUUGUCAUGUAACCUAAUGCAUUUAGAUUGCCUUUGUACAACUAAAGAACUUUCUUGCCCUCUUUACUCGCAGGCUCAAAACUCUUUGUUUAUUUUGCAGUUCCAAACUUCUCACUCAAGUUGUCACAGAACAGGACGUUACCGGUUUGUGAAGUUAUUGUUUCAAAAUUAAAGACAAUUUUUAAUUGGGUGUCGAAAGUACCCCCAGGAUUGCUCUGGUUUUCCUUCACUUCGCUCUAUAAUUUGCCUAGAAAACUCGCGCCAUUUUCUCAACCAAUCAGAUUCAAGACUAAAACCAAUCGCUUCUUGGUCAUCCGCGUUUUCCCGCGCUCUAGGCAGGUUACUUGUUCUUACCUUGAGUUCUUAUUGGCUCCUUUUGAUAUUUUCCUUUGUUGUCAUUGGCCGUCGUGAUUAUUUUGUGUUCAAUUUUUACGACACCCAAUUGAAUUACCCUCUAAGAUGUUUAUGCUUGUAUUCUACACACAAACUGUGCAAAGCGCUAACGAAGUAACUCUUCCUCAUUCUUUUUAAUUCACUCUGUAGCUGGACAGUCGAAAGUUAGUGGGCAGUUUCCGAAGUUGCACGAUCUCUUACACGCCUUCAAGGUGCUUUAAAUUGCAAAUGUUUCUUUUAUUGUAGAGUUUUGUUUUCCCUUGUUUGACUACACCUUCACGUAAGGACUAUCGAGGCUAAUCCGGGAUUUCACAUGUUUACCUUCACCAUGCGCUGUGAUUGGCCCAGAAAAACUCGCGCCAAUCAGAUGUAAAAUUGAAAUCAAUUGCAAGUUUUUAACGCGCUUUUUCCCGCGCUUUAAACAAAGUGCUUGUCUUACUUUGAGUUUUCAUUGGGUCCUCAUGAAAUUUCUCUUUAUUUUGACUGGUCAUUAUAUAUUCUUUGGUUUUAUGUUCCAUUGAAAAGCUUUCUAAUUGUAAUCUUAGGAUUCUUUGAUUCAUAACAAUGUUUUUCUCUUUUCUUCAGCACUCGUUUGAUCACAACAAGGCUAGGAAUGAAGGCGUUAUAUUGCCUAAGGCAGGUGAGGAUAACGUGUUCUUUGUUCAGGAGAUAUAAAAUCGUGAAGCAAAUUGCUCUAAUGUUGUUCACCAAUUUUAACGGCAGGGGUUGAUCCAGAUUAUGAUCAAGCCAUAGCAGAUAUUCAGUCCAUGCGCACCUGGUUUGACCAAUACCUGAAGAAACAAUGCGCUACACUGGGCUGCAAGGUGAGUAGCAACACCCUGUAUACAUCACGCCAGAGAAGAGUCUGGGUCGAGAAAUACACUCGAACCAACUUCCCUCUCGUCCAGAGAACUUUAUUGUGUUACCUGUUCGGGGGUUGGGAGGGUGAGGGGAGGGGGGAAGAGAUAUGAGCUCUCCGGAUCCUCGGAAGAAUUGCAGACCAAAAUUAGUCUAUAAGCGGGAUACAAAUUACCUUUUUUUUAACAAUGACAGUAUGUCAGGAGAUACACUUGUAGGUUUAGAAAUUUGAUAUGAAGGUUAUGGGGAUAAUUUUACCAGAUUUUUUUCUUUCUAUGAUUGUUAUUUCUUUUCUCUUCUUCAGGCUACGUAUUGGGGCUCAGGUAUGACUGAAUGUAUUGUAUGAGUUGCAAAUGAAAUAGGUUUGCUCAUAGAGGUGUAUGUUGUACCUCCCGUCUUAAAAGCAUCUCUUAGUAUGAGCCUCUUCAAACCGUCAUUUCUUCUAGUGUAUGAGCAACACUGACUUAAAAAUUGUCUCCGCCAGACAUUAUCCUGUCUUUUUUAACGUUCAGUCAUAAGGGGUUUUCCUACUUUAGGGGGGAUCGAAUGCUGGUUGAUCACAGGCUAGCCCCAGCUUUUCGUAAAAAUUUCAUCAGUAUUUGUUUGUACUCCUGGGUGGAGAAAGGCGUUGUAGAAGAUAUUGUUUUGUUAAGAAUGCAUCACGAUUAUCCGACAAGAAUUUCGACUCAGAGUUCAGUGUGCUAGCCGUUUUACCAUCGCGUCUACCUGAAUUUUCUUAAUCGCUCAAAGCCAUUUUUGAAGCAUAUGGUCCUCUUUGCUUGAUUUCAGCCAAGAACCGUUAUCAGCUUGAAAUUCCUGACUCCGUCCGUAAGAUUCCCGACGAAUACACCCUGCAGUCGCAGAAGAAAGGAUUUAAACGAUACUGGACAGCAGCGAUUGAAGAGAAGCUGGCGGAGUUAGUGGAAGCCGAGGAAAGACGAGAGGAAGCUUUGAAAGACACUAUGAGACUUGUGUUUCACAAAUUUGAUCAAGAGUUAGUAUAAUUACUCUUAUUAAACUCAGCUUUGUUUUUUCUCAUACAUGGAAUAAAUGUUCAUUUUAUUUCGUCUAGAAGAAACGAGGGGGAAUUUUUUGGCGGGAAAACGUUUAUACUGGAAAAAAACGCGGGAAAAUGUGUGGACAGCGUCGGAUACCGAUCAAAGCGCGGGAAAAUAGGAAUAUUGGAAACCGUUUAAGUUGCAAAGUUUGGUCUUUGAAGAACGAACUUCUUUUCCCUUGAUUUUCUCAUUUAGGUACAAGACGUGGGAUAAAACAGUACAGUGUCUGGCUGUAUUGGACUCACUGAUAAGCCUUGCAUCCUGCAGGUACAAAAAAUUGCCUUUUUUGUUGGCUCUCUUUCUCUUUCUCGUGAAACAUCCAAAAAAAACAAAAUUCAUUGUGAAUUCUUCAGUUCGCAGGCUGACGGUCCGAUGUGUAGACCCGAUAUCGUUCUUCCCGAGCAGACUUCUGAUGAAGAAUUUCAGGUAUUACUUGUGGUAAUUAAGAUCAUUGUAGAAACAUUCAUUGGAGCAACUGUUUACCCUCUGGGAAUUUUGGGUAGAAGGCCGAUGGUUUUUCUCGUAAAGUGAAAAAAUUAAAUACAUGGGUUUGUUGGUGAAAUUUCCCAGAAUUGCAUCGGUUUGAGAUUGGAUGAAAUUAAAAAGAAUAAAGUGGUAAGUUUCUAAGAAACUGUGGUGCUGCGUCAGUAGGGGAGUGUAACAAGAUAAAAAGCACCUAUUCGAUGAGGUUGAGUAUGAUAUUAUGAAUUAUCAAUGCCGAGGUCUGAGUUAUCUGCCAAAGCCGAAGGCUGAGUCAGAUAACACAGACACGAGAUUUGAUAAUUCAUGAUAUCAUGCGCAAGCUUAUUUUAUUGUAAAUUUUUUAAACAAUCUGCCAAAGGAGACAUCUCUCCGAGAGAACACUACAUUUAUGAGGGGUGUGGAAACUAGGCAGACUUUGAACUCGACAUAAUUACCUAAUAUCUGCUGCAAGUAUUGGGUUAUCAUGUCAACUUACCACACUAUUGUAUAAUGACUAUAUGCUCACAAUUAAUCAGAGUUUUGAUAGGAAGUCUGAUGUAUAAUAAUUUGGUUUUGUCAACUGAGUUGACAACGUAAAUUGGCCACUGUAAAGAAUUUCUGCUGUCAUUUCGAGCGUUCACUCUUCCUCAGAGCAAAUAGUGACUUUUCGUCCACGUCCGUCUGUAGGUCGAAUGAAAAUCUGGAGUUUUGUGGUUUUGUGGAAGACGGAAAAUUCGGGGUCAUAAAUUUAGGUGGCGUGUGAGCUAGCCCCCAUUAUUAGCCUUGUGACACGAGCGUUACUCUUCUCGCUAGAAAGUUUAAGGCCUUAAAAAAAGGCGAGUUGGUGAGGGGUCAGUGUGGGGUGAGCCAUUUUCCUGCUUGAACCCUUGUGGACCUCUCGCGUGCUGAUAUCGCACACCAACUUGAAACGCACGGGCUUCGGCAGUCGUAUUGCAGCGCCACUGAGAGCCUGCUCUUAGAUUUAACUCUCUUUCAACAGCCUUUCUUGGAAAUCCGAGAAGGACGACACCCGUGCAUUUCACGCACGUUCAGUGGCGGCGAUUUUAUCCCAAAUGACACAGUGAUUGGGAUGCAAGAUGUAAGUAUCUUUUGUGUAUUUGUUUGCUUGUUUCUUUGUGUUUCCUCUUCUACUCCUUUUUUCCGUUUGGGUGGCACAUUCCCAUUUUCUGCUUCACAGCUUGACGAAGAAGACAAAAAUAUGUAGUUCUAUGAGUAACCAGUAUGUUGAGUAGUUCCCAUUAUCUUAUCUUCUCCCUAGGACAAUGACUGCGAGGAGACAGCGGUCAACAGUCAAAGCACCUGCGUACUGGUUACUGGGCCUAAUAUGGGCGGCAAAUCAACGCUGAUGAGACAGGCUGGACUGAUCGUUAUCAUGGCUCAAAUGGUGAUUAUUUGAGAGAUCAUUUGCAUCGAGCAAAACAACUAUCAUGCUAGUAAACAAGACCACAAAAUAACAAUUUGCAAGAGAAGAGAAACGUUCUUUGGUCCUUUUGAGUGCAGAUGGCUCAGAAGAAAAGGUUUACAAGAAAAAUCACGGUUGCUGAUCCUACCUCUUGUAAAAAAAAAAAAAAAAAAAAAGAAAUUGGGGGGUAAGGGAAGGAAGGGAAUGUUGAAGCUAUGAAUUGAUCGACGCAAAAGGAUGGAGAAGAUUGACUCGGAUUUGAAACAACGAGGUUGAAACAUUUGGCACUGACAUGGAGAAUUUUUUUGACAAUCAGAAGCUUUUUAAUUUGGUGAUCAAUUCCUUUAUUCUCAUGUUCUUUAUAUUUGAUUCAAGGAAGAUAUUCUAAGGAGAAGUUAGAAGCCAGUCACUCUUAGGGGGUUAACUUUGGCUCCCCUUACUAAAAACUAUCCGCUCCUUUUAGGGCUGUUAUGUUCCAGCUGAGAAAUGCCGCCUCUCUCCUGUGGAUCGAGUCUUUACUAGGCUGGGAGCGCAUGACAGAAUCCUGUCAGGUUGUAAAAAAACUAUCAUUUUAACUCUUGCCUAGACACUGUUUCUAAGCAGUUUUAUGAGAACUCAAGAUAUGAUAGACAAAUGUUUUGUAUUGGAUUUUAGACUGGUAGUUCUGUGCUCGGGCACAGGCCAUUGUGCUGUCACGGGGCCUCCUUUAACUCAACUGGGUACUGCGAGUUAACUUUAGAUAAACCUUAUGAAUAGCUGUGGAAAUAUAGAAGGAGGAACAAGUAUCCUUCUAUGUAUUUGCAUCUUUCAUUUUAUGGCUGGCUCUGCCAAGAUAAGGCAAAACCUGCGACCUGAUCGGCUACCCGAGCCAGUCUUGCCCGCUCAACUCUGAAGCUGCCAACAUCAAAGCAUAUUGACCGAACAAUCUUAGCCAAGAACACAAACUGUUUCUUGAGUUUCAUAACCCAAAGUUGUACUAUGUUUUGGAAGCCGGGCUAAGAUAACAAAACACUCCUUGUUUUCAAAUAGAAAUAUCAACAGAAAAUAGGAUAAUUGUUGCUCUGUCGUUACUAUUCAACCAAUCGAUCCCAUGUUGCUUUGCGUCUGUUAAGUAAUAGAUCACAGAUGACGUCAAGGUGUGGUAAGAACAAAAAAGAAUCAUGAGGCACUGUGUGUCACUGAUGUUCUUACCACAUUUUGACGUCAUCUGUGAUCUUUUGCUGCGCAGACACAAUAAAGAGCAAAAGUAACAUGUGGUUGAUGGUGACGUCAUCUAUGCUCUGUCCUCCAAUAGAUCAUGAGUAGGAACCAAUCAAAUUGCGUGUAUAAUUCAGCUUAUAUAUUCCUGAACUGAUCCUUCUUUGUCUGAACGUUUUGGUGAUCUUAUUUAUGAAAACUGAAAUUUAUGCUCUCUUCUCCCUUUUCUAUUCAGGUGAGAGUACUUUCUUUGUCGAACUGAGCGAGACUUCAACCAUUCUCCGACAUGCGACGAGGCAUUCCCUUGUUCUGGUAGAUGAACUAGGUCGUGGCACUGCAACAUAUGAUGGUACAGCCAUUGCUUGUGCAGUGGUUGGUGAACUUUCACGUCACAUCAAAUGCAGGACACUGUUUUCCACACACUAUCACUCACUGGUCGAGGAGUUCUCCGCUGACCCGAAUGUGCGAUUAGGGCAUAUGGUGAGUUACUUAAGAUAACCGAGACAACCCUCCCCUUUUUCUCUUCACACUUAAGAGAGGUAAUUUACAAGGCUGCUCCUUUGCUUGCUCUAUUUCCUUACCCUCUCAUCCCUGGUCUUUUGCUGCUAAAUCGGAAAUUAGCCUCCCAUACUAUUGACGAGGUGUUUCAAUUUUACGUGAUCCGCGAUUUUGAGUGACCAAGACAGAAUUUUCCUUACAAUAUCAAUACAACAUCAAGCAGAUAAGAGAUGAGAAAGAAAAAUCUUAACUAGGGGAUUAUUAGUUGAUCCAAUACCAAAUUCUCAAAACUAAUAUCACAAGAACUAUAUGGCAGACAGUAAGGAGAAUUACUAAUGAGAUAUUGGGAGUUAAAGAGUUAAAAUAAAAACCGAAUCAGUGGCACGGACCAAUCAGUAGAGAGGAACAUAUCGCAAGGAGCCAAUGACAACUCUAAAUUAGACACGUUUUACCGAGUGGGUUUUCUCACGUAUCUGAUUGGUUAAGAGGGGACGUAAGUUUUUUUUUUUACCAAUCAGAGCGCGGUAACGGAAAACCAAAGCAGUACUGGAUUAUUUUAAGACUUUCAAAUGACAAUUGCCAAAAUCAGGUUUUCUUAUUUUAGGCGUGCAUGGUUGAAAAUGAAGACGAGACUGAUCCAAGUAAAGAAACAAUAACAUUCCUGUACAAGUUCGUGAAAGGCGCCUGUCCAAAGAGUUACGGAUUUAAUGCAGCAAGGCUUGCUGGGAUACCGGAUGAGGUAAAUCAUCUAUCAGUACAUCUUAGUUGCGUCCAAUUUUGGCGAAAUCCAGGUACUUAUAGGGAUGUUUAGUUAUUGUGCUGUGCUUAAAUAUUCAGGUUUGCCAUUGAAACUGAAAUGUGUAAACAUUCAAUUUGUACUGGUUACUUUGAACUUUUCAGUCUGUGGGUAAAAUUUCUUUGUGUAACCUUUUAAGUGAAAGCUACCGAGCUUUCAUCCCAUGUGUUAUUUUCCAAUGUUUUUUUAGAAAUUUCCAAUUUAUUUCUCUACUUCUAGGUAAUAUCUGUGGCUGUCAAUAAAGCUCGACAAUUUGAGGAGACCACAGAUCGCGUCAAAAUUUUCAGGUAAAGGAAACUUUAGAUCAGUAAAUGAAACCUUUUUAUCUGGAAAAUCUGCUUUCAAUUUUGACUUUUUUACCUCUUUCUUUGUUGUUAGGUCGCUGCUUAACUGUAAGACAGGGGAUGUAAAACAGCUACAGAAGCAAAUAAUGUGUAAUUAGUUUUGAAAGUGGGAUAAGUAGAAUGUUACUGCUUUAAUUUUUCUGAGCCAGAUGAAGAAGUUCAAAUUGUUCCUGUUUUAGAACACGUCAAUAAAAUUUUCAUUGAUGUUU